CAAUCAGCGCGAGUUUACACUGUAGUACGCUUGAGCAAGUGAAGAGAGGUCAUGACAGCACAGGCUGCAUGUUUGACCAGCGGAGCGGAUUUCCAGCCCGCAGAUUUUAAAAACCAAAGUUAAACCAAAUGGAACUCCGUCUGCAGUGAGGCUGGGAUUCCCAACACCACACGAGUGAUCAUGUCAGAAGACACAGUACAUCCUCCAGCCCUGCCCAGUGUGUGACACAUCUCGCACCAUCAUGCUCCGUACAUCAAACCCUCCCGCAGCCACCGCGAAGGACACCCCUGGACGUCAGCCCGGCCAACCGAUCAAGUCGUGGGCCGAGAACACCGGGAAACUGUCACGGUUUCGCAAGGAGAAUGGCAUUGUGGGUGCAGGCGGGCACAGGUCGCUGUAUCGAAGCUUGACAACGCCAGUGAAGCUUUCUGUUGGAGGAGAGUGGGCUCUUCAAGAGUGUGAGAAUCUGACCACCUGGGCAAACUCCCACCUGAAGAGAAAGAAGUUCCGUCUGGUCAACGACCUGAGAAAGAGCGUGAGUGACGGCCUCACACUGGUCAACCUGAUCGAGUGCCUCACCAGUGAAAAGGUCCCCAACAUUCAGACACGGCCGAUCAUCCGGGCACAGAAGACAGAGAACCUGCAGAAGUGCCUGUACUACCUGGAAGGGAGAGGGGUGCCCAUUCAAGACAUCACUGCAAAGGAUCUUGCUGAGGGAAACCUAAAGGCAACAUUGACUAUUGUCUCUAGGCUAAAGGAAAUUUUUGAGAGUGCACAGGUGCAGGGGACAUCAGAGCAAGGAGCGGACAGAGAGCAGGCAGAGCCACGCCCUCACUCAGCACCAUCCUCUGGUACAGAGAGGUUAGGGAACGGAGACGGGGAGGCAGACACAAGUCUUUCAGAGAGUUUGGAGGCGGAGUCAGGCAGGCUGUACCCAGGUGAUGACCCAAAUGAGGUUCGGCAUGCCUACUACGAUGACCGUGCAAUAUCCCACCAGAAGCCUGUGUACAGCGGAGGGGGGCUGCGAGACGACAUACUGCCGGGCAGCAUGGCUACUGAUGAUGAAGAGGAAGAUAUAAGUCAGAGUGAGAUUCCUCCUACGCUCCAGUCCACCACAGAGAUGGGAUCUCACGGAGUUUCCCAGCACGGUGCGGACAGCAGGCGACAGAUCAUCGGUCUGAGCCAGGCCAUCCGGGAGAAGGCUCGCAUCUCAGUGUCCACGGAGGUGCCGGGUUCCCCCAACAAGCUGCAGGCAUGGGAUACUCAGGCUAUAUUCACUGCCCCUGCCCCUGUGCGUGACCAGGUGAGUCUGACUGUUGAGGAGAGGCUGAAGUCCCUGCUGGACAGCCCCUACCUGGAGGAGAUGGCUGGCAGCCCAAGGAAAAAGGGUUACUUGGAGGGGGAACUGUUGCUCCCACCCCCUCCCAAAGGACACAGUCCCUUCAGCUAUCCAGAUGGGAUAGACAACCCCGCACUGGAGGGGGCAAUGAACGGGCAGGUCAGAGGUCAAGAUGUGGAGCUAUCAGAACUAGGACUGGGCUCAGGAUAUGUGCCCUCCCACCCGAACCAGAGGGGCCGUGUAGCCACCAGAGGUGAGGCAGUACUGAGAAUGAGAGGUGCUGGCAGGGCCGAGGUCCACUCAGCACAUGCCUACAGUAACGGUCCCCCUGCACAGCAGCUGGUCAAUGGGUCUCCCAACACCCGAGGCAGGCCUGUGGCAGGGGAACACUCACCUGGCAGACCUGCUGCUCAUAAGCAAUCCCCAAGCCCUCCUGGGCAGGUGUCAGGACAGCAGAGGAGGGACAACCCCCACCCACAGGCCAACCAGCCCAGUAAAACACCACCAACUGGCAAGAAGGGAGUCCCUCCUCCAGCCUAUGGUCAGCAGGACAGAGCCAAUGUACCAGGUGGUAAUCCUCACUCAUCCCCCCAUCACAGUGGACCUGGCCAGGCUGUAGGGUCCAGGCAGUACCUACAGGGGGGCCACCACCUCCUUCAGCAGAGGAUCCAUGCUGGGUCCUCCCUGCAGUCCCAGACCAGGCAGUUCUGGCUCCAACAGCAGCAGGACCAGCAACACUUGCAGUGGCAGAAACCUCGCGACCUGGAGGAUGACUCCAGACAACCCGAGCCCACGUCACGACCUGUUCCUGCACCAAGGUCACGACCUCCGAACUCUACCCCCUCGAGGGGUCAACCAGUGCCAAACUCAUCAAACACCCCCCAGAGGGGUCCCAAGACUUCAUCUAGUUCAUCUUACUCGUCCCCAUCGACAUUGUCCCAGCAAUCAGCCACACCAACUAAACAAGGCAGGAUACCCCCACCCUACCGCUCUACCUCCACACCUAAUAAGGCAGACUCCUUACCAGAGCAUCAAGGUUCCUUUUUAACAAAUGUGCCAUCAAAAAUGAAAGCCAACGCAACACAUCAUCUAUCUGGACCACCUGCUGAAACCACAGUUAACAGUGUGUCCAACCCAGGACAAGACUUGGACAUGAACUUUUCAGGCACUGGGACAAUCAGUGAAACUUCCUCCCGUUCAAGCACUCCGCCCCUUCCCCCACUGUCUCCGUCCAACACCCCGCCCAUCACACCCCCGGGGUCCCCCAUCCCCAUUGUGCGACCCACCCGCUCCAUGAGCACUACCGUGCUCCCUUCUGCCCACGUCAGCCCGAUCACACAGACAGACAGGAAAAAGACUGAGCCAGGCAGGAAAGGCAGGAAGGGAAGUACUCGUAUGGGCAGGAGUGCAAGCACACUGCAAGUAGGCUUCUCAAUGCUGGGGAAGAAAAAGGGAUCAGGGAAGAACAGAAACUCAUUAAGAGGUGGUUCAAGAGAGGACGACUCCCAGUCAGAGGAGGGAGAGUCCAUGAGUCUGUCAGAGGCAGAACUCGUGAGGCAGCAACUAACAGCUCUGGAGGAGAUGUACAGGGAAAUUCUCAGACUACUUGGUGCAGACCAGACACCUCGUGGUCCCACUACACUCACAAGGAAACCAACCUUAACAAAACUCAAGAGGGCGGGGAGUUCCCUGGGCAAGCCUGCAUCUUCUGUGAAGCAGAGAGCAAAGGAUAUAAGGUCUGUAAACAGAAGAUUUGCGAGGCUGGAGUCUCACGUGGUCACCCUGGCCAGAAGUGUAGCACACCUCUCCUCUGAGCUGAGGACACAGAACACCCUGGUACAGGAAAUAGAGUUGUUACGACAGGAGCUGGAGAAUCUGAAGGAACAGCAGAAGAUCCUUCAGAGGCAGCAGCUGGCACAGAGGAAAACACCUGACAGGCACCAGAGCCACUCCAGAAACACUCCUCUACUGGUCCUACCCGUCAAAAACAGUGCACGACUAGCCAAGCUAACAAAAUUCUUUGGUGCAGAGCCUCCAUUGCUGUCCAUUUUUCUUAAAAAGAUAGGAUAUGAGAAAUAUGUGAAGAACUUUGAGGCAGAGAGUAUCGGGAUCCUGGAGCUGCCUUAUAUGAACGAGGACCGGCUGAAACAGAUCGGUGUUCCCAUGGGACCUCGGGUCCGGAUCCUACAGGAGGCCAAGGCUGCACUCCUGUAGCAUUCAACUGGUAUCAGGGAUAUCACUAGAAUCCUCCUACUAAAGCUUUGUUAAAGAAGUAUGGAAUUGGACAAGUGGUUGCCAAACUCUGGUUGACUAAGGCAGAUAUCACAUACCCUUCACACCCUGAUGAUUAUGGCCAGUCUUUGAUUAAUGGUGGUGUCAAAGGGAAUGUGUGAGAGGAUGCAAAGGUUGGAGGAUGUUUCAGGGUCAUUCUUCAGAUUUAUACCAACAUCUCAUUUGCUACCACUGUUGAUGAUUUACGUGUACAUUACAAAAUGACAGGAACCAUGUCUUUGUUGGUGAUUGCUUCAUAGCAUGACCAACUACUGGGUAGUAACAUACCAGCAUUUCCAUAUAUAUGACACCUUAGCUGACCUGCAGUGGACUAGACCGAUGCAAAUUCACUUUUUUGCAUGUUUCAUCAAACAUGUAUGCCGUGUGCUUGGGUCAAAUUAACCACUAGCCCACAGCAGAAAUGUAUUAUAUAGAAGAUAGAACAAUAGAUACUAUAUCAGAUUGUCUACAGAAUGAUUUAUUUCAUUUUAACAUACAUUUCAAUAGAGAUUAAAUUUUUAUUGUUAUUUUUUCACCGAGAAUACCUCUGCAUGUUAAAAUCAUGUGAUGAUCAUGUAUUAAAUUUACAUGUAAAAAUUGUACCUAGAGGCUGACAUUGAGCCUGAAAUUGUAACAGUUCAGUCAGAAAAACAUGAUUACUUUAAUUUAGUUUUUUUAUUGAUAUUUAUUUCUGUAAGAAACAUCUCAAUUACAUUUAUGUUUAUAGCAAAUACUUUUAUACUUAUAUUACAACAUUUCAAAAAUAUUUAUGGAUUUUUUACAAGCUUUGUGAGAAGAAAUUAUCCAGUGAAAAAAACAUAACAUGCCAAAUUAGUGUGAAAAUUUAGGAUUUUUUAAAAUGUGAGCUGCAAAUGCACUCAGUUUUCUUAAUUUAUACCAGGCUAUUCUGUAUAGCUUUGUUGAUAUUCUUUUUCAUAAAAUGUAUAUUUUUGUACAUAUUGAAAAGCACAACUUUAUUUCAUACUGCUGUAGAUAUCUGACUGACCUAUUGUUUUAGGCCAUUACGCACAUACUGUUUCAUCCAAUGUGUCAAACUAAUAAAUGCCUUGUGAUCAGA